GUGUGACAUGUGUGCAGGGGACAUUUCUCCCUGAUGCCCCUCGAGAAGAAAAAAAAAACUGAAGGAAAUUAGUGCUUAUUUAAAAAUUGACUAAUGAUCAAGAUAUAAUAAGCUUACUCUUCAAAGGGAGUGCAAAAGUGCAGGUUAACCAUGGGACGAUGCACAGGUAAUGCUCUGUGAGCUCCGCGGAACGCCAUGUCUGAAGAGGCAAUCUCAGGCAGCGACCUGGAGCCUGGCCUCAACAGCGAAGAGGAAGAUAUGGAGGAAGAAGAAGAGGAGGAGGAUGAAGAGGGGGAGGAGGAAGAGGAUAUGAAUAAUGAUGAGGAAGAUGAGAAUGAUGGGGACGAUGAGGAAGAUUCAGCUGAGCGGCCUGGCAGUGCCAAAGUUGAAGAUGACCACGCUGGGCAGAGGGACGCCCUGGACACCCCUCCACCUACCUCACCCUACAGGGGCUCCCCCUCCAGCGCUCCCGGUCAGUCCCCGUCUCGGCCGUCUUCCAGGGCGGCGUCCCAGCCCUCGUCACAGUCCACGUCGCGGCCCUCCUCUCGCCAGGCGUCCCGCCCGCCCUCGGCCUCGAGCUCCCAGGCCCCCUCCAGCCCAGAGAGCCGCUCAGGCACCCCGGUGCCCGGUGGCACCAAGAAGAGAGCUUCCAAGCCUGUGCACAUGAGACGCAACAUCAGGAAGCUGCUGAAGGAGCACCAGCUGGAGGCUGUGACGCAGGCCGCUCAGCAGGAGGAGCUAGAGAGGCGGCGGCGCCUGGAGCAGCAGAGGAAGGACUUCCCCAUGGCGGCAGCGCCCUCCGAGCCCCCCAAUGACAGUGUGUCUCAGAACAGUGAAGCCCCAAGACCAGCGUCUGCCGCCCGAGGGGAGGUCAUCUGUCUGGACAGCAGUGGAGAUGAGGGCGAAGUGCCACCUCCGGCACCAUCUCUGCCUCCGCCUCUCCCCAUUCUCCUCCCCAAGCCUAGAGAUGACGUGAUUGAGUUGAGCUCAGGCGACGAUGACGCCCUGCAGAUCAGCAGUGACUCGGAUGACGAGGACAAGGAUGACCGCUCGGGGACCCCAGGCGCGGACGAGAGCAGCGGUGCCCACGUGAACGACGCACACAACCAGCCCGACCCCCAGGGCCGCGUGCUGGUCAACAUGAACCACCCGCCCGAGGAGGCGGACCUUUACCUGGCACCUCAGCUGGCGCGCGCUGUCAAACCCCACCAGAUUGGUGGGAUCCGGUUUCUGUAUGAUAACCUGGUGGAGUCUCUGGAGCGCUACAAGGGCAGCAGUGGCUUCGGCUGCAUCCUGGCGCAUAGCAUGGGCCUGGGCAAGACCCUGCAGGUCAUCUCCUUCAUCGACAUCCUGCUGCGCCACACCGGAGCCCACACUGUGCUCGCCAUCGUGCCUGUGAACACACUACAGAACUGGAUGGCAGAGUUUAACCUCUGGCUUCCGACUCCAGAGAGCCUGACCCCUGACAACGACGAAAGCUACAUCGCCCCGCGCCCCUUCCGAGUACACAUCCUCAAUGACGAGCACAAAACCACCGCUGCUCGGGCAAAGGUGGUGGAGGAAUGGAGUCGUGACGGAGGUGUGUUGCUCAUGGGCUACGAGAUGUACCGCCUGCUGUCCCUCAAGAAGAGCUUUGUGACGGGACGCAAGAGGAAGUCCAAGAAGCCCACUGGGCCCGUCAUCAUUGACCUGGACGAAGAGGACCGGCAGCAGGAGCUGCUCAAAAGCAUUGAGAAGGCCCUGUCCCGGCCGGGGCCUGAUGUGGUGAUCUGCGAUGAGGGCCACCGCAUCAAGAACUGCCACGCCAGCACAUCGCAGGCGCUGAAGAACAUCCGUUCACGGCGGCGCGUGGUUCUGACAGGCUACCCGCUGCAGAACAACCUGACCGAGUACUGGUGCAUGGUGGACUUUGUCCGGCCCGACUUCCUGGGCACGCGGCAGGAGUUCAGCAACAUGUUUGAGCGGCCUAUUCUGAACGGGCAGUGCAUGGACAGCACGCCACAGGACGUCCGGCUCAUGCGCUACCGCAGCCAUGUGCUCCACAGCCUGUUGGAGGGCUUUGUGCAAAGGCGAGGCCAUGAUGUGCUGAGGACCCAGCUGCCAGAUAAAGAGGAGCAUGUGAUCCUGGUGCGCCUGGGCCCCCUGCAGAGGGCGCUCUACACGGAGUUCAUGAGGCGCUUCAGGGACGCGGGCAACAGCGGCUGGCUGGGCCUCAACCCCCUAAAGGCCUUUUGCGUCUGCUGCAAGAUAUGGAACCAUCCAGAUGUUUUGUAUGAAGCUCUACAGAAGGAGAGCCUUGCUAAUGAGCAGGACCUGGACUUGGAUGACCUCACUUCCCCUGGUAACGCCCGCUGUGCUGCCCCUGGCAUAAAGGGCAAGUCCGGUGACUCUGCCCAAGGCAAAGGGAACUUGCCCGUACUGGGUGUGAACCCUAUACAGGAGAGGGCGAAUCAGGUCGUCACCUAUGAAUGGGCAAAGGACAUCAUGACGCAUUACCAGCCAGGUAUUCUGGAAAACUCUGCAAAGAUGGUGCUGCUCUUCCAUUUGAUUGACGAGUGUGUAAGCAGAGGAGACAAGAUUCUGGUCUUCAGUCAGAGCUUGUCUACACUCACUGUCAUUGAGGACUUCCUGUCUAAGAGACUGAUGCCAGCGUCCAGAAUUAGGCCUGACAGUUCCACUCAGAACUGGGUCCGCAAUGUCAACUAUUACCGACUGGAUGGAAGCACCUCCACUUCAGAGAGGGAGAGACUCAUCAACCAGUUCAAUGACCCAACAAACGACAUGGCUUGGGUUUUCCUCCUCUCCACUAGAGCGGGCUGUCUGGGAGUGAACCUAAUUGGGGCGAACCGCGUGGUGGUCUUCGACGCUUCCUGGAACCCCUGCCACGACGCACAGGCUGUGUGCCGAGUGUAUCGCUACGGGCAACACAAGCCUUGCCAUAUCUACCGUCUGGUGUGCGACUUCACCCUGGAAAAGAAGAUAUACGACCGACAGGUCUCCAAACAGGGCAUGUCUGACCGUGUAGUGGACGACCUGAACCCCGUGCUCAACUUCACCCGGCGCGAGGUGGAGUCUCUGCUCCAUUUUGUGGAGGAGGAGCCUGACUCCACCCAGAGCAUUCUUCAGCAGGAAGAAGACAUGGAGACGGUCAUCAGAGACACUUGUCUGCGCUUCCCACAGUACAUCACCAAGCCCCCCUUCCAGCAUGAGUCCCUGCUGAUGGACCGGAAGGACAUGAAGCUGACCAAGGCGGAGAAGCGCGCGGCCAAGAAGAGUUACGAGGACGAGAAGCGUGCGUCCGUGGCCUACUCGCGGCCCUCCUACGCACACUACUACCCCACCAGCGGCCAGACCCUCAGCAACAUCCCAGCCUUCAGUCAACACAACUGGCGCCCCACGAUUCGCUCGGAUGAGAAGCCGGUGGCGAGUGUGCGGCCAGUUCAGUCCACGCCGAUACCCAUGAUGCCUCGGCAGGUCUCGCUCGGAAUUCCCGGCUCCAGCUCAGGGGUCAACUUCCCUGUCAACUACCUGCAGAAGGCCGGCGUGUACGUACAACGAAUCAUCACGACCACCGACAUUGUGAUCCCGGGGGCCAACAGCACUACUGACGUGCAGGCCAGAAUUGGUGCUGGAGAGAGCAUUCACAUCAUCAAAGGCUCCAAAGGUACCUACAUCAGGACCAGUGAUGGUCGCAUCUUCGCCAUCCGCUCCUCGGGGAAGAGCAGGACUUCAGAGGACGUCUCCAGCACGUCCAGAGCUUCCCAGGGUGCCUCGCUGCGUUCUGUGAGUAAUGGCGGAAAGCAGCCCUCCCCGUCUCCCCCAGACAGCCCCGAGAUUCUGCGCGAACUCCAUCGCUACGAGGAGACUGUCGCCAUGGGAGGUGAACUGUCCCCCGCAGACAGGGGGGAGACGUCUGGUGAUGUCCGGCAGCAACAGGGACAGCAGCAGCAGCAGCAGCAGCAGCAUGGGCAGACAGCAGAUGCCUACAGCCGGCCGGACGAAGGAGACUUGCGCGGCAACAAGAGGAAGUGGUUCCAAAGACAGCACGGGGGCAAGCGCUCCCUGGGGGCGUCCGAGUUUCCCAGCUUCCCCAUGAGUGGCGGUGGUGGAGCCAGCUCUGUGACCUUCCCCUCCAUGGGGCUCAACCCCCAGCUUCUGGGGACGCUAGGUCACAUGUCCCACCCGCUGCUGGGGGGCGGCGCGGAGAGCAGGUCCCAGUUCGGAGACGCACUGGGCGACCUGCACUCCAUGUUCCCCCCUCUGCCCUCGGCGUCCUCAGGGCCUGACGCCGUGGGCCUGGGCGCCACAGGAAACGGACCUCUGCCCAGUUCCUCGGCCUUGGCCUCCACCUCGUCCUCCUCCUCCUCUUCCUCCUCCGCCCUGCCGUCCACCUCCUUGCCUCCCUUCCUGCUCAACCCCAGCAUGGCUAGCAUGCUGUCCGGCAGCUUCUCUCUGCCGUACAGCCAGUCGCUCUUCCCCAGCUCCAGCUCGCUCAUGCCCACCGCCAGCUCCUCCUCAUCCUCCGCCACCCCCGGCUUCCUGUCCCACUACCCCUCGCCCACCUCCACUCUCCUGGGAGCCGCCCUGGCCAGGCAGGACCCCCCGCACCCUGGCAUGGGGGCCGAGAACGGGGGCAGCAGCUCGGACGACGAUGUCAUUGAAGUAAUGGGUCAGUGAAUCCAAUCCAGUAGAAAUAAUUGGACACACACACACACAUGCACACAUAAAGUAUAUAAACCCAACUGGGGACCAGCAAGACAAGGAACACUGAAAUGCACACAGACUCCUUCAUCCAAAUGCUGACCAAGGAGGUCAGCAGAUACUGGGGGCGGCGGUUUAAGGGUUGAAGAAAUUCUACACACUCUAAGGGACCAGUUGUUAACCUACUAAGGGUUUUUUUCCACGUAGCCCUUUCUUCCAGCUCCUUCCCGUUCUGGUCUUCGACGGACUUUGAAAAACGCGCUGCCCCCGGCGACCACCUGCUACGGUGGUCCACCAAGCCCAUAUCCGUGUUUCUGAACCCUUAUUCUCUGACAUGACUUUAGCACCAUGAGUCAUUGGUGGGUAGGUACUGUAGCAUUGCCUGCUGAUAUGGAGAGUAAGGUAUGACAUCCAUUAUGUUUUUAUUCAUAUUUUGGAGUAAGUAAAAAGUGAGUGAGCGGUAUAAGACUCAUGUGGUAUCAUGGUCAAGUAUGUAAAAAUUGACUUGUUUAAAAAAUGCUUAAUCAAAGAAUGUACUUUCAUGUUAGCCUUUAUUGACAUUUCAGUUAGGGAUUAAUGUCCUGAUAACAUCUUUUGGUUUAAGCAUCAGCCUUAACUGGGACACUGUGUUCUGAUUUUGUAGUCUGCAGUUGUGUAGCAGCGAAUUCUGUCCCUCUUAAACUUAACUGACAUUACCAUGAAUGUCUAGACUGUUAUUAUUUCUUUGUACUGCUUGUUUUCAGGUGCUGAAGAUAUUGUGGGAAAUUCUUUUCCAGUCAAGUAAUGAUGCACUUCAUGCAAUCGUUAGGAAAUUAGCAGCUCCCCAACUUAGCACCCCAUCAUUAAGAGUCUGCCAGUUAAGUGAUUUCUCUUGUUACAUCAAGCCCCUCUCAUAAGCUGCUUUCCAUAAAAUAUACUCAGUAAUUCAGUACAAAUCAUUACAUUGACAUUCAAAACUUUUCUUAUCUACGUAUUGAUGCUAUUCGUUUUUAACACAUGACCAGUGACAGCAUGUUUUUUGGGUUGUCUCUGGGCAUGAAAAUACCCAAGUUAUUUAUUUAAAAUUGUGGAAAGUUAAUUAAUUUGUAUUUUUUAUUAUUUUUGUACGUUAUAGUCAGAUUUUGUUAAAGAUCCCUCUUUGUCUUAACAAGUCCAAGAGAUAUCAGCAACAAGGAGCUCCAUGACCAUUCAGAAACCCAACUACACUAGUAUGACGGCACAGAUGGCUAAUACAGUUUGUACGGAAUUAGUCCAUUCAAAACGGAAAUAGAUUUGGGUAACUCUGAAAGCAUCGUCACGUUUUCUGAGAUUUGUGCACUGUGUUUCGAGUGUAGGCAGUAAGCCACAUUGUGAUGCUGUCCGAGCUGUAUAGUGUGACCUUUUACUGGGCACUAGUGUCGUCUGAGUGUGCUCCUCUGUGGAAGCGAGUCUUAAGACCAGCAAUCUGUGAGUUGCCUCAUUUCGUCAUGCCACAGAGGAAGUGUGAGAGAGUGGAAGAGCCCGGGGUGAGUCAUGCCUCACUUGUUACUGCAAAGAGGAGACAUCCAAAACAAUGUUUUAACAGAAUAAAUCCUACUCUGCUGUAUUCAA